GGCGAACCAAUUUACAUCAUUCUUUGAUCUCCAACACUUGGACUUUCAACACAAGCCGCCUUCUGCCGUCUGUCUUUUCAGCUUUUUACCUUUCACCUCACAGUGAUCUACCGACUUGUAAACCCAACACCGAUCGAAAAAUUAUAAAUCCUCAGAUCCCGAAAUCCUCUAACGUCGAAUAUUAUCAGUCGCGUCUCGUCUAUCAAGAUGGCCACCCCUAGGGUCAAGGCCGAGCCGGUAAUCAAACCCGAACCCGGCCUUAAGUUAGAACAAGAUGAACUCGGUCGCUCUCCUGCCGCUAUGUCGGAGGAUGACAUCUAUGAGGAUGCCGGGGACCUCGAAUUCUACGAUCCGAAUAACAUCAGCGAUGCAUCCGCGUAUCUAACUCACGUACCCAAAUAUCUAUAUGAUGCUUGGAAAGGCUUGGAUGAUGAUGCCGAGAUUUGUGUCGGUACAGUUCGUCGAUGGGACGAGCGAGGUCCCAAUGGCGAGAUCAAGCAACGCAUGGCAGUCUUGCUGGACCAUAACCUUGCUCCUCACCAACAGCUACCCAAGGAGUACAAUCUAGACAUCAAGGAUAUGGCCCUAACCAAUACCUUUCUAUUCACCGAACAAGAUCUCCCGGGAUUCAAGUCCAAGUCACAGGGCAACAGUGAUAUCCCUGCCUUUCUCCGCCCGAAGCCAGAGCGUCGCGACAAUGCGCAGCAAGAAGGCGACAACAAACGCGGUCGCAAAGGCCGUUAUACGCCUUACUACCGAAAGGCUAUACCUAAGAAAACCGUUCUCCGAGGCCGAUUCCGUCAUGAAUUGAAUUGCCAGCCCGUUUGGACGGCAGAAACGAGACAUUGGCUGAGCAUUCGCAACACCGAUGCCAUGAAGCCCAAGGCGACAACCACGCUUACUUCUUCUGCCAGACCUACCAAUCUCAUCCAGGCCGGCGCGCACGUUUCUAACGAUAGAUUCAGUAACUUUGUUCGUACAGGACCCGAGACUAAGAAGGGAGGCAAGAAGCAGAAGGAGGAGAAGGCCGCCCGUCUACCCAAGAGCGACCUACGCGACAGAAUCUUCGAGUGCUUCGAGCGGUACAAUUACUGGUCCAUGCGAGCCUUCAGGAACGAACUACGCCAGCCCGAGGCGUGGCUCCGAGAGAAUCUGGACGAGAUCGCUAUCUUGCACAAGACCGGACCAUUUGCCAACCAGUGGGAGCUUAACGCGGAUCACAGAGGAGCUCUCAACAUUCUCAAGGCCGACGGCGUGGCACCCGAUACUGCUCCUGAAGGUGAAGGUGAAGGAGAUGUAUCGGAGUCAGAUGCAGAAAUGGAGGACGUCAGAAUGGAAGACGUUAUUCCAGCUUAAUUUAAGAGCGAGAGGAGUAUUUGUUGAAGGCAACGAUAGUUGUAUGCCUCAGUACGGGGAAGUAAACGGAAGUACCCGGAAUUACACAGAAAAGGAGUUACGGCGUCUUUUACAAUUGCAUCGAUGAUGAUGCGAUUUGCCUUAUACCACACAAAUGAUACCCUCGGCGUGACAACCAGGACUGAGGUUUAUUGGCCAUUGCCUGCAGAAGUUUAAGCUAGCAUGAUCGCCUCUGCAUAAGGGACUCCAUAGAUAUUUAUAAAACGAGUUUCUGAAA